AUGGGAAAUAAACAAGCUAAAGGUUCAUCCUCUAAAUCAAAGAACCCAAAUGCCAAGAAAUAUAAAUUCGAUCCAGAUACCUUAAAGAAAUUACAGGAAUCAACAAAUUUUGACAAAGUAGAAGUAAAGAAAUUAUAUGAAGUGUUUUCAGAGUUGAGCGAAGGUGGAAAGAAACCAUUGAAUCGUGAACAAUUCAGACAAGGUUUGGUUCGUUUGGAACAAGCAGGUCUAAAGAAUCUCGACAAUACACCAUUCCCAGAUCGUCUAUUCGAUCUUCUCGAUGUAAAUAAAGAUAAUACUGUCGAUCUCCAAGAGUUUGUUGGUGGUCUUUCAAUGUUAUGUAAAGGAACUGUCGAUGAAAAGUUAGAGUUAUCUUUUAAGGCAUAUGAUAUCGAUGGAAAUGGAUAUAUUUCAAAGAGUGAACUUUCAUUGAUGUUCAAACAAGCUUGGAUCAGUGGUUUCAAGGCAUUGUCCUACCAGACCAACGACGAGUUGAAUCCAGAGGAUCUUCAAAACUUUUCAGAGGACAUGGCACAGAUUUUCGCAGAGGGUGCAUUCUCAUCGCUCGAUGUCAACGGUGAUGGUAAACUAUCGUUCAAACAAAUUGAAAAAAAGAUGAACAUGAAUAAAUAUUUAGAUAUCUCUGGUAUUGGCAAAGCAUUGAAGAAUGCAAGUAAGAGUGUUGAAAAGUCAAUCGAUGGUUUAAUUGGUAUACCUGAUACAGAUCAGGCUAAUAAUGGUAAUACAGAUACAGUUCCGCUAUCAUCAUCACCAUCUUCUUAUUUUGGAUACUCAUUCACUCAACAAACUACAAGCACUCCACAACAACAGCAACAACAAAAGACAACUACAUCUACAACAACAACACCACAAAAAGUAAAUAAUAAUAAUAAUAACAAUAAUAGUAAUAUAUUGUCACCUAAUCCUACUGAUAAAAAGAUAGAGAGUGCAUCAACAUCAGCAUCAUCUUCAACGUCACCACAGAAACAAACAACCACAAGUUUAGAUGUAUCACCUAUAUUCUCCAGAAAGAAUGUCAUCACUGCAACGACUGAGAGCAAUACAAAUGAUGAUUCUGAUGAUAGCGAUGAAAAUAAUAAGCCAUUAUUCACCGUUAAAGAUGAAGACACCAAUGAAACCAACGACAAUAGUAGUAAUAACAAUAACAUUAAUAAUACAUCACAUAUUUCAUCAAAAUUUAUGAUGGAUGAGCAACUUGAUAUUAGUAAUGCUUCAUUUGGUGAUGAUGAUUUAGACAUACCAGAUGAAGUUAUAGCAACCAGACCAAUCGAUAAUAAUAGUAAUGAUAUACCUAGUGAUAAUGGUAUUGAUAAUAAUUAUAAAAGUAGAAAAGAGAAAGAAAUAGAGAAAGUAAAAGAAUUGGAAAAAGUUGAAGAUAAUCAUCAACAACAACAACAGCAACGAGAAGAAGUAAAAGAAGAUAGACAACAACAGCCUCAACAACAACAACAACAACAACAACAACAACAACAACAACAACAACAAGUACAAAUAGAUAAUAAUUUAAAUGUUAAAGAGUUGAAUGAAUUGAAACAAAAGUUAUUAGAAACAGAGAGUAAAUUAUCAGCAUUAAUGAUUGUCAAUCAAGAGAAAGAUAGAAUAGUGGUAGAGCGUGAGAAGCAGUGUCAGAAUCUAUCAUCUCAUGGUGCAAAGUUACAAAAGACAAUAGAUCAGUUGUUGGUUGAUAUAGGAAAGCUAAAUUCGGAUCAGAAGAAAGAGGAUAUCGAGAAUCUAAAGGAGGAGUUCUCAAGGAGAAUAGCACAGAUGGAAAAGAAACUGUUGGCUGCACAGAAAGAGAGAGAUUCGCACAAGAGUGGUGCUGUCAUGUCUGAGCAACUCGCCACUACCAUCAAAGAGAAGGACGAUCAGAUCAAUCAGUUGAUGACAGAAGGUACUAAUCUCUCACACAAAGUACUACAACUGGAGAAUAUCAUCAAGAAGCUGAGGGCAUCCAACAAGGAACAAGAUGAAACCAUUCAAAUGAUGACCGAGAGAAUCAAGUCUACCGAGGAUCUACUGGCGACCAAGCAAGAUAGACUGAAAGACUUGGAAGAGACUGAUAGGAAAUAUCACGAUACACUGCUUACAAUGAAGGAGGUCACUGAGAUGACAACAAAGAAGUACGAGGAGAAAGAUAUUGUUGCCGAGAAGGCGUCGAAACAAGUGACAGAACUUCAGAAUGCACUGGAGAAAGCAUGGAAAGAUAUAUCAGAGAUGACAAAGCAACAGGCUCAAGAACAAGAUAGAUUCAGUAGACAGAUUGAAGAGGCUAGAGGACGUGUGAAGGAGGAGAUGAUUGCUGCUUUUAGGGAGGAGAGAAAGGAGAUGGCAAAGAGAGAGGAAACUCUGGAGAUGGUCGUCCAAGAACAAAAAGCAUCGAUUCAAAGGAUGAAUGAGCGUGCUGUUUGGAAAGAGGAGGAGCUUAACAAGGAGAUUCAACAUCUUAACAAUCGAUGUAGAGAAGCAGAGAUGAGAAAUGACCAGCUGGGUGCAUCUAUUCCCGAUACAACCAGACCACUGAUCAAGCAGAUCGAAGCACUGCAGAAUGCCAAUGAUGCACGACAACAGACUUGGGAGGCACUCGAGAAAAGUCUACAGCAACAACUGAAAGAAGCAAAGUUAACAACUGAACAAGCAAUACAAAAUGAAAAAGAAGGAUUGGAAGAGCUUGAAGAGAUUACAGCGAGAACCAAUCAGUUGGAGAUUGAGUUGAAGAAGGAGAGAAACAAUGUGAAAUUGACACAGACUGAUUUGACUACAGAGAGAAACAAAUCAAAGGAAUUGGAUAGUAAGCAGAAAGAGUUGGUUGGACAACUGGAGAAACUUCAACAAUCUAAUCAACAACUUCAGAAACAACUGAGCAACUAUGAAGAUAAGUUGGAAAAGUCAUACAAAGACAAUAGAGAAGCAGAAGAGUUACGACAGAAAGAGAGAGAGAUGGAGAGAGAGCGAAAGGAAGAGGAAAAACGAUCACCAUUGAAUCAAUCAUAUGAGCAUACACCUUCAAAGCUCUAUGGAUUGAGAAAGAACUCGAGUCAAUUGGAUUUCAUUCAACUUCAACAGCAACAACAAUCACAAUCUGGAAACACCAACUCUUCAUUACCAAUGGAAUUCUAUAACUCCAACAUCAAUCAAAAAGAUGGUGAAAUUGCAAUAUUACAAUCGAAGCUUCAAUCGUCUGAAACUUUAAAGAAAAAACUAGAAGAAGAGCUUAUAAAGUUGACAACUUCAAACGAACAACUUUUAUUAGAGUCAAAAGAAUUUAAAAAUAUUAGAUCAGAGAUCAACGAUAUGCAAAAGAGAUACAGUACCGCAUUGGAAAUGCUCGGUGAAAAAGAAGAAGCUGUAAACGAAUUAAAGAUGGAUAUAAUUGAUAUGAAAGAAUUGUAUAAGACUCAAAUUAAUGAGUUACUUGUUCAAAUAGAAUCACAAAAGAAGUUAAUAAAUAAAUAA